CAUACAUACACCAUUAACUCACUGCAAUCGUCCAAGUGAGUGAGCGCCGCCGUAGAACGAAAGAAAACAGCACACGAUUAGUGUAUAAAACUAUUUAUAAACAAAUUAGUAUAUUUAAUAAAAACACAGUUUUGUGAAAUACAAAGCGAGACAAAACUCUGUGGACGCAUAAAAGUUUAUAAGAAUGCUGGCACGCCGCUCAAUUAUUGUGGUACAAGCGUUGAAACAGCAUUGCCGCAAAAUGUCACAAGUCGGUGAACUCGGCAGCGGUGCUGGCAAGGGUGGUGGCGGUGGCGGCUCCAUACGCGAAGCAGGCGGCUCUUUUGGCAAAAUGGAGGCAGCACGCGAGGAGGAGUUCUUCUACAAGCAGCAAAAGGAGCAAUUGAAGAAUUUGAAAAGCAAAAGUGAUGAAACAACAAAGAGUACAAAUGCAGCUGCCGCACAACCGGCGAAACAAUAAAAGUGUGGAAAGUAAAUAAAUAGAAAUGAAAGCAAUGAGCCGUGUGUGUAUUGGGAUAUUUGCCAAUUGCUGAUAAGCAACGAGAUGUCAAAAGUUUCUUUUUUUAAGUGAAAAAACAUGCCGUUAGUAAACUCCGUUUGAAACUAAUUAAAUUG